CAGCUGUGUCUGAGCAAGGGGCCAGUGAGACUGCCGGCGCGUACUCCUAGUGGAUUGCGACAUACUUCAUACACUCCACCCGACAAUGUUUGCUCACUAAAUCGACUAAUAGACGCCGCUAGCAACGCAGCCCUAGCAAUGCUCAGAGAGAUGGGAUGGAGAGUAUGUGAAAACAUGUGCCAAGUCUGUAUCCUGCGACUGGGCUUUAUCAGAAACAGCACGCAGGCUUCUUUCCCAGAGAGUUGGAUCGAUUACCAAUGACGGCAGAAU